AGUUCUUAAUAUAGGAAAUAAUAACAUAAAUGUCAAAUAUUUAUUUCAUACUUGUCAUUAACAUUUCUAACAAAUAUAUUUAGAGUCUUGUAUAGGUUACUACUGAAAUUUUACAUUAUCAAAAAUCAACUUUCUAUGAGAGAUGUCUUUAAAGAAAUUAAUGAAAGGAGUUCCUUCGGAAAUAUUACCCGCUGAGGGUUUGCUGAGUCGAGACAAGAGUGCUAUAACUCCCUGUCAGGCGGUAUGCGCAGACAGAUUGGGGAAAACAUUACAAUUGGAGCAGGAACAUUAUUUACUUCAGCAUCCGGAGAUAAAAACAAUGUUGGCAAUUUUUAUCAGUAAAAUGGUUCAAAUGAAUAAAAUGAAGGAGGUACUCAAAGAAGCUUCACAGCACUUUACAAGACCUAUAAAUGAACUCGAUGAAGAAAUACGUCAAAAACUCAAUUUGCUCCCUGACGAGCGUUAUGAUUCAAAGUGCCAAGGAAUACAUUACAAUGACACUGAAUUAAAAGAUGAUCUAAGAAAACUCAUAACAAAACAUUAUCCGCCGGAGCCACCUAAAAUUCAAACGCCAUCUUUAUCAACUAUAUUUACAGAAUCAUCCUCAUUUUUGUCCAUAUUAACUUCUAAUACGACUUUAGCGACGCCAGAACCAAUACCAACCCCGGAGCCAACUUUUUCUGAAACAAUGUUUAAAUUGGUCUCUAAUACGGUUGAUAAAGCAAUCUACCUACGAGUGGAUGAUCAAGCUCUGAAUUAUGAUACAGCGUACAUUGAACUCAGCAAAGCAGUAGAGGCAGCAAUGGAAAUUCCAGUCAUUGAAAUUAAAAAGGAUAUAGCCGAAAUGUACUAUAAGGCCUACGAACUUUUUCAGUUUAAUAUAGAUGAAAAACAACGUAUAGCUGCUGAAAUAGCCUGGGAAAAACGAAUGAGAAAGAAACUGAAAAGGACUUUGAGACGUAUGGAUAACUUUAAAGGAUACGAGACGCCUCCGACGCCGAAGAGUGAAAUAUCAUCCCACGAGAGUUAUAAAAUUGCUCCGCCACGUCCCUGCGUAUGUCACCCGCAUUACAACUAUAAUAGAUAUCCUAAGGACAGAUUCGGUAUAUAUUUACCUAGAGAGCAGAAGUAUAGUGACCGCAACGUUACGGUAACACCUGCUAUAUCAGAGGCAAGUGAUGAAAACGAGCACGAAAAGGAAUAGACAAAGAAGUGAAACGUUUUUACACAAGAAUUUUGAUUUAUUAAAAAAAAAGAGUAAUUAAUUAUUAUUAUAUCAUUAUUAAAUCAGGUGUGUUUUUAAUACUUUUUCAUUAAUUAACAUGUUCUUUUAAGAAAUUUAUAAAUUUAGAUGUUAAUAUUUUGCAAUAAUCACUUGUAAAAGAAUAUUAAAAUGUAUAUAGGUAUAUAUAUAAUUUCUUAAUAGCGCUCUGAUGAAUACAA